AUGAAGAACGUGGAUAAGCACAUAGUGUUGAAGACUCACUUGUGUCUGGAAUGUGGUAAAUCCUUCAGCAAGAAGGGAAACCUGAAAAGGCACCAGGAGAUCCACACAACAGAGGAGAUCUUCACCUGCAGGGAAUGUGGGAGGCACUUUACGACCCAGGGCCACCUCAUGACCCAUCAGAGCAUCCAUACAGGAGAGAGACCCUUCUGCUGUGGGGAGUGUGGGCGCUGCUUCCACCUGGAGAGAUGCCUGGCUGCCCACCAGAAGACACACACCAAGGGUGGCCUCUUCCUUUGUGCCCACUGUGGGAAGAGCCUAAGCACGAAGAUAUACUUCAACAUCCACAUGCGGACCCACACAGAGAAGAGACCAUUCGCCUGCAUGGAGUGUGGGAAGAGCUUUGUGAAGAAGGGGACACUCACUGCACACAAGGAAAUCCACAAGCAAGAGAAGCCCUUCAAAUAUCCUGAUUGCAGCAGGUGCUUUGGGCAAAGUGCCACGCUGCUGGCCCACCAGAAGAUACAUCUCCAUGGGGGGCCCUUCAUUUGCACAGAGUGUGGGAAGAGUUUGAGCACAAAGAGGUAUUUCAACGUUCACCAGAGAAACCAUGCUAAGCAAAAGCUGCUGGAGGGACACAUCAAUGGCAUUCCUCUCCGGAUCAUCCAGAUUAAAGAAGAGCCUGACUUGGCCUUCAUGUUGGAGGACAAUGUGUUGGAGAACAUGUCCUGCAAUGGAGAGGGAGCUCAGGAGUGUAGUAUACCUAGAAACCUAUCUAAUCCAAAGAGGACUCCUUGGAAAAUCCAGAUGAAGGAAGAAACAGAACCAGUCAUUGAAGGUGAAGUAAAUAUCCCUGCAAUAGCCUGCCAAAAACUUUGUAUCAAAGAAGACUCAUCAGAAAACCCAGGCUACGGAAAACUCUUUGAUCCAAAGAGCUCAUUGAUGACUUUAUAUGGAAGCCAAGUUAAAAAGGAAGGAGGUGCCCAGCAUAAGAAAGAAGUCCCCACAGCUGGCAACCGAGUGCUCCAGGUGAAGGAAGAACCACAGGAAAUCAUUGAGUAUGGGAUCCCUUAUGGGCAGAGAACAAACCUCAGUGACAUUCAGAGGAUCCAAAUUAAAAAGGAAGCCAGUGUGGAGGCUGACCACUGGGAAAGAUGGAGCCCAAAGAGGAAGCAGAAGAAAUGCCUUCAGCCCACCAAAGAAGGGCUGCUGGAGAUUCAAGAGCAAACCAAGUCCAAGAAACAUCCCACAGCAAAGGGAGUUCCUAGAGGUGAACGGAUAUUCCCCUGUCCCGAGUGUGGGAAGAGUUUCAAUCAGAAAUCAAACCUGACCAGACACCAGAAGAUUCACACAAGUGAGGGGCCAUACAAGUGCAGUGAGUGUGGGGAGAGCUUUCGCAUGAGCCGAAAGCUGAUCCGACACCAAAGAGUCCACAUAAGUGAGCCAUUUAAAUGCACUGAGUGUGGGAAGAGCUUCACACAGAGAUCAAAUCUGGUUCGGCACCAGAGUAUCCAUACCAAGGAGGAGCCCUACCAGUGUCCUGAGUGUGGGAAGACCUUCAACCAGAAGGCCAAUCUCUUCCGACAUCAAACAAUCCACAUUCGUAUGGGACCUUGCAAAUGCACCAAGUGUGGGAAAUGCUUCCCCCAGAAGUGGCACCUCAUUAAACACCAGCUGCUUCACUCCCGAGGUGGGGCCUACAAGUGCGAGGUGUGUGGGAAACGCUAUCGAUUGAAGAAGUACCUGAGAAGGCAUCAGAAAAUCCACAUACGGGAAGGAUCUGUCCCACGCAUGUAAUGGGGGGAGGCCACAAGAAGCUAUAGC